CGCAAAGUCCAGGUAACACAAAGAAGUAAGUAGCCGAAACCCUAAAUCCUCACUCAAAUCGAUCGAGAUCAUCCAACGUUGAAGAGCUGUGUCACUAUCUCACAGAUCAAUUCUCAAAACUCUCCCCUACAAUGGUUGCACCGAUACUUGCAGGUGUUGCUGUCGCGGCUGCUGCUUACGCUGGUAAAUACGGAAUCGAGGCGUGGCAAGCGUUCAAGGCAAGACCACCUAGGCCUAAACUCCGCAAGUUCUACGAAGGUGGUUUCCAAGCUGCUAUGACGCGGAGAGAAGCUGCUUUGAUUCUCGGUGUUAGGGAGAGUGUAGCGGCAGAGAAGGUGAAGGAAGCGCACCGGAGGGUGAUGGUGGCUAAUCAUCCAGACGCAGGAGGAAGCCAUUACCUUGCGUCUAAGAUCAACGAAGCCAAAGACAUGAUGCUUGGCAAAUCCGAGAGCUAUGGUUCUCCCUUUUGAAACCUUUUUGGUCAGAUUGAUUGGUUGAUCCCAUCGACAAAAGCCAAUGUUAUUUUCUGAGUUAUCGGUCUGGAUCAGGAACAUGGUGAUCAGACAUUGAUUUAUGUUUCUUAGCUAGAUUAGAAUGUAGGAACUGUUAUGAAUAACUUAUAAUUUAUAGUAUCGAAAAAUUUAAAUAAGAGUAGAAUUUAA